CUCUCCGCCUCUUCCCCUCGUCAACACAACCCUUCCUGCAACCAUUGGUAACUUCACAGGUCCUCCAAUCGAGUUUCUGUGUUGUGUUGUCGGUUGGGUUGGCGAAUCCUUUCAGUAACGCGUAACUUGGUAGCUGCGUAGCUACGACAACCACAAGCCCCUCCCCCUUUACUCAACACAUCCCCUAAAGAAAUCCUCCGGGUGUUUGGUUCCCUAAUACGAGUCGCUCCUUAUCAAUCCUAACUUGUACUAGAGAGGAUGCCUCGGAGACCAUUUUCCUCUGCGUCGCCGACGGUACCAAUACCCAUUAAUGACACUUCUCGAACCCGAUCCUCCCCAUCAUCCCGUAGUGCUGCAGCUAAAGUUGCUCAAUUUUUUUCGUCGUCACCCAAAGCAGCGAGCUCUCCUCCUGGGUACCUCACCGCAUCGGCUUCCCUACUGGCUGCCCAGGAACAGAGCAACGCUCGUGCAUUCUCUCCGUCUGUCUCCCUGCCAACCAUCUCUCUUUCAACGGCUACAGCAGAUAAAACUUCAGAUACACCCAUGAUGCUUUUUUCUCCUCCCUCACCUGAGGCCGCGAGAAAAUUGGCCAGACAACAUGCGGAGUUUGGUCCUCUUGGCCAUGUCAGUCAUCAAUAUGUCUCCCAGCAUCCAAAGGGAGCAGAGAUCGAGCAUCCCAUUGAAGACGAGCCUCCGUACUACUAUCUACUUACGACUUACAUUUCGUAUUUGGUUCUCAUUAUUUUUGGGCAUGUGAGGGAUUUCUUCGGAAAGAGGUUCAAGGUUGAAAAUUACAAACAUUUGAGGGCUCAAAAUGGAUAUGCACCGCUUAACGACGAUUUCGACAACUUUUACGUUCGUAGAUUGAAGAUGAGAAUCAACGAUUGUUUCGCUCGCCCUAUCACUGGUGUUCCGGGCCGCUUUGUCAAUGUCCUUGACAGGACAUCGGAUGAUUUUAACCAAACCUUUAAAUUUAGUGGUACUUCGACUGAAACAUUGAAUAUGAGCUCGUACAACUAUCUUGGUUUUGCCCAAUCGGAGGGGCCUUGUGCCGAUGCUGUUGAGGAUACCGUUCGCAAGUAUGGGUUGUCUUCUGCGAGCUCUCGCAUGGAUGCAGGAACCUUGGAUCUUCAUACCGAUGUUGAGAACUUGGUUGCAAACUUUGUUGGAAAGCCCGCUGCUAUGGUUUUCUCCAUGGGCUAUGGUACAAACGCUGCAGCAUUUUCUGCCCUGGUGGGCAAGGGUUGUUUGGUAAUUUCGGAUGAGCUGAACCACGCCUCAAUUCGCUUCGGUGUUCGUAUUUCUGGUGCCGUGAUCGGGAUGUAUAAGCACAACGAUAUGAGAGACUUGGAGCGUCUUCUCAGGGAACAGAUUUCCCAAGGUCAACCUCGCACCCACCGCCCGUGGAAGAAGAUUCUCGUCGUUGUCGAAGGAUUAUAUUCUAUGGAGGGAACCAUGUGCAAUCUUCCAGCUUUGAUUAAACUUAGAAAGCAAUACAAGUUUAACCUGUUUGUUGAUGAGGCUCAUUCGAUCGGGGCUUUGGGGCCUAAUGGGCGCGGUGUUUGCGAUUAUUUUGGUGUGGAUACAGCGGAGGUCGACAUCCUUAUGGGAACGCUUACGAAGUCCUUUGGGGCGAACGGUGGUUACAUUGCGGCCGAGAAGCACAUUAUUGAUAAACUACGUUACUCCCAUGCCGGCAGCAUCUUUGGCGAAGCUCCGGCACCUCCCGUUCUCACUCAAAUUUCGACAUCACUGCGCUUAAUUGCCGGUGAAGUAGUGAUCGGGCAGGGCGAGGAACGUCUUAGACGCCUUGCAUUCAACUCUCGAUACCUUAGAAUCGGGCUUAAGAGACUCGGGUUUAUCAUUUACGGUCAAGAUGACUCACCUAUUAUCCCUCUCCUGUUGUAUAACCCUGCCAAGAUGCCAGCCUUCUCUCACGAAAUGCUCCGUCGCAAAAUCGCUGUCGUUGUUGUUGGAUAUCCGGCCACACCCCUUGUCAGCUCCAGGGCGAGGUUCUGCGUAUCCGCGGCUCACACCAAAGAUGACCUGGAUAAACUCCUCGCUGCAUGCGAUGAGAUCGGAGAUAUCCUGCAGCUCAAGUUUUCCAGUGGCCUCGCUGGUGGUGCCAUUCCUUUGGCGCCCGGUGUGACGCCAGAAAUGGAAAAGGAGCGGAAGCAACGUGGUACCUUGGUCACUGUGCCUCCGAGAUGGCCGUUGGAAGAGGUCUUGAAGAGAGGUGUCAAGGACGUUCAGGUCCCUCUUAGAUAA